AUGCACGUCGCUCUCCUUAUCCUCCUCCUCAUUCCCCUCAUCCUCUUCGGCCUCUCCCAAGCUCUCAUCAUCGCCGGCAGCACCACCAAAAACAACAUCCUCGAAUACUAUGGCCGCUCAUCCGCCUCCUUCAUCGCCCUCAUACUAUGCGCAAUCUACGGCACAAUAGCCUCAGCAUGUUUGAACGUCUUCGGCUACGGCGGGCUCGGGCAGUGGACGACGGCGAAAGCGUUCAAGUACUCCAUGCUGUGGUUUACCGGAGUGUGGUUCGAGAUUGAAGACGAGAAGGACUGGCUCAAUACUACUAGACCGGCGGUGUUUGUGGGUAAUCACCAGACGGAGCUAGACGUUGCUUUCCUCGGGCACGUGUUCCCGAAGUACUGCUCUGUGACUGCGAAGAAGAGCUUGAAGAAGGUGCCGUUCUUGGGGUGGUUCAUGGCCCUAAGCAAAACCGUCUUCAUCGAACGCUCCUCCCGCACCCAAGCCGUCGCCGCCUUCGACAAAGCCGCCGAGCAAAUGCACUCCAACAAGCAGUCCGUCUACAUCUUCCCCGAAGGCACGCGCUCCUACUACGACUACCCGGAUAUGCUGAGCUUCAAGAAGGGAGCAUUUCACCUCGCGGUCCAGGCACAAGUGCCCAUCGUCCCCGUUGUGGUGGCCAACUAUAGUAACGUGUUGAAUGUGAAAAAGAAGAUCUUUAGAGCUGGCACGAUCCCGGCGAGGGCGCUGGAGCCGAUAAGCACGAAGGGGAAAACGAAGGAUGAUGUGGAUGCGCUGUUGCAGGAGACUAGGGAGAAGAUGCUGAGCGCGUUGAGGGAGAUCACGGAGAGUGCGAGGGAGAAAGGCGUUGCCGUGCAGCAGCCGGAGGGCACGAAGAUGGUAGACGGCCCUGCGAAAAGCACCGGGGUCGACACUGGCGUGAACGCUGCUGCGUAG